CCUUAAAUUCAAAAAACCAAAAUACAAAAAAAAACAAGGUACCCGCGUGCGUCUAUGAUUUAACGCUGAAUAUACUACAAGGAUGUAUAUAGCAUUUGGGCACACAGAAAUUGGGAAUCCUUUUACUUUCUCUCUAAGCAGGCAGUAUGGUUCAGCGUUGCACCUACCGAAGACGUUUGUCUUAUAACACAACGUCCAACAAGAAGCGCAUUAUCAAGACGCCCGGAGGUAAGCUUACUUUCCAGUACUUGAAGAAGACCGCCGCUUCUCCCAAAUGUGGAGACUGUGGAACCGCUCUUCAGGGUGUCAAGACUGGCCGCCCCAAAGAGUACGCGCAGAUGUCUAAGACCAAGAAGCACGUUACCCGUGCCUAUGGAGGUUCACGCUGUGCCUCAUGUGUGCGUGAGCGCAUCGUUCGUGCCUUCCUUGUGGAGGAGCAGAAGAUUGUCAAGAGAUUCCUUAAGAGCAAGCAGUAAGCUCGCGAAUAAACGCAAUCGUUGCAUCUGUUCAUUCCUGGAUUGAUUGCUAAGAACAUAUUUGAGGCUGUGAGUCACUCGUUGAAAGUUUUGAUUUGUAUGGUAUUAGUUGGUGCUGUUUUGUGGAGGUUGUGAUUCGAUGCUGUUAAAUUGUCAUGAAGUGAAGAUGACAGAAUAUGUUUGAUACACUCUAUACCUUUCAGCCUGUAUUGGCCAUGGAAGAGCAUAAUUUUCAUUCAAACUAGAUCAAUGUGCAAUCUCUACAUAACGACGAUUUCCGUUCAAUGAGAUCGUUGUCCUGGGAUCUGCUAAAUUAAGAAUAUACGCGUACAUAUAUUAUGUAUAUGUAUAUAUGUAAAUAUAUAUAUACAUAUACAUAUAUAUGCAUUUAUGCAUGUUAUGUAUAUAUGUGUGUAUAUAUAUUAUACAUUUAUAUAUAUAUAUAUAUAGAUAUAUUAAUAUGUACAUACACGUGUUUGUGUUUGGCUUUGUCUUUAUGAAUCUGUGUAUAUAUGUGUGUAUAUGUAUUGUUACAUACCAUAUGCGACAUACCAAGACAUGAGCAUGAAAUGUAUGAUAUGCGAGAUUUGGUAACGUAAAUGGUAUGCAUAGGUCUGCAAUUAUAUAGGCAUGUAGUGUGAUUGAGAAUUACGGAAUAUGUCGUGUCAAUGUUCUGUUAUUCAUCGUGUGCUGCUUAUACACAUGUGCGUGUCAAGUAUGAUGUUAUUACCUGAGUUUAUGUACUUUAACUCAUUCGUACCAACGAGUCUUUUACGAGAUUCUUCAUCGAUUUCCAGACUUUUAACUCGCACCAGCAAUAUGUGACACUGUUCACGAUGUUGUUGGAUACAGUUGUUGGAAAGCUUUGCAGAUUUUGUUUUCUUACACUCCAUUCGUGGGUACUUACAACAGUGAAUUGGUAUCGACUCUGCAUUGCAUCGUUUGGCACGCCUAUAUGCAAGUGAUCGAUUAAUCGGAUUGUUAUAUAGUUUUGUAUGCAUAACCUAUGAUGUUCUGUGAAGGCAUUUGGACUGAAUUCUGGUCUCUAUACUGCGCAAACUUGCAAACAAAGUCUUUUUGUUUGCAUUCCGUGUGGUGUGACCGUAACAUGUCGUUAAAAACGUCACACCUGAGGUUAUAUGUAUUUCUGCUUUGAUAGUUUAUUGUUACUAGUUGUGUUGCGUUACUGUCUGAUGUUAUGUAUAUUUCUGCUUCGAUAGUUUAUUAUUACUAGUUGUGUUGCGUUACUGUCUCGCGUCAUUUUCUCAUGUGUUGGUAGUUUUACGGUAGGACUAAUAAACUUCCAUAUUCAUUUUCAAUAUUUCGAGUUUCAUAUCUUUUUUUUCCUUGAUCGUUAUUUUCAAUACUAUUUUUAUGCUAGGACGGUAUAUUAUUAUUUUUGUCUUGCGUAAGCCAUCAUAUUUUUCUGGUUGUAAGUGUUUGAUACACUCUAUACCUUUAGCCCUUGGGCAAUUGAAGUGCAUAAUUUUCAUUCAAACAAUAUAAAAUUGCAGUCUCUAC